AUGUCCAUUCGCUACGGCGUUAGUUUGCUUACCGAUCCGGAUUUCACGGCGCGGUUGUACCGGGCUCGGCAACUGAUUUGCGGGCAGUUCGCUUGCUGGGCUGCCGAAAUGCACAUGGUGCACCUGCCGGUGUCGGACUACUUUAUGCUGGACCCGGCCGACGGCGCGGCAACGGAGGCGACCCUCGCGGCCGAGCUGGAGCAGCUGGCCAACCGUUACCGCCGGGUCUCUCCCAGGUUCCCGAUGUUCAACCGUGGCAUUACCACCACUCGGCCUACGGAAUCUGACGGCAAUAUCUGGGUGGAUUUUUCGCCGGAGGUGGUGAACGAAUCCCUGUAUCGCCUGCAAUCACUGGUGGCCGAUCUACUGGAGCGGAACCAGGCGGUUUCAGGUGACCGUCUGGUGUACGGCCGCGAUUUUCCGCCGCAAAUGCCACUGCUGUCCCACGCGGACCUACCCGACUCGGUGUUUGACGCGGCGCUGGAAUUCGCCGCCGCCGUAACCGACGAGCUGAAGGUGUCGCAAAUCACACGGUCCUGGCGGCUCAUCCUGAUCCGCUUCGAAUCCAACGCCGCUGGCGAUGACUGGUCGGGCGGCAGGUGGGCUGCGGAUUUGAGCUGGAAGGCGCUGGCCAGUUUCGGACUGUAA